AUGGUGAAGAGACUUAGAUGCUGCAGCAGCAGCAGGUUACCAGAAACCAUAUGGGACUAUGAAGAUAUCUUUUCGGAAAUCCUUGUUCGUGUUCCAGCUCGAAUUCUGCUCCGCUUCAAAUGCGUCUCCAAGCAUUGGCUCUCUUUUAUCUCUGACCCCAAGUUCUGUCACCGUCACACCCUUCGUAACCCGAACCCUUCUGCCUCUGCCGUCUUUUGCAACCUAUCCAGAUCCAUUGGUUUUAUCCCUCUUGAUUUCGAUCAUUAUCGAACUACUAGUACAGGGUCUGGUUCACCCAGCUGCAACCCUCUGAAAUUCAUUGCCAACCUAUGUCAUGACAACAUCAAGAUUAUCCAGUCCUGCAACGGCCUCUUCUUGUGUUAUCCUGAAAUUGUACUGAACUCUAUUAUUCACGAUUCCGAUGUGCUACGAGCUACUAGACCUCUUUAUCAUUAUGUUCUCAAUCCCACAACCAACCAGUUCUCCAAACUUAUUCCUCCAGCUGCUGCCGCCGCCACUACCACUCGACCCCGAAUCUUCGGCUAUGCUUUGGCUUUUGACCCUUCCAAAUCGCCUCAUUACAAGGUGGUCUUCCUUUGGAACGUUGAUGACUCAAGUUCUACAGGCUGGUGCAGCUACCAUCACAUAGAGAUAUAUUCAUCUGAGACUAAAAGUUGGAGGCUUCUCAAUUCUUCUUUUGAGACUCAAGGUCAAAUUUCCUACAAAGGUGGGGUAUACUGCAACAGCACAGUUCAUUGGGUGGGCGAUGAUUCUGAGAUGGCAUACUACCACAUAGAAGAAGAUCGUGUUGGAUUUGUUGAUGGUUUUCCUUAUUCUGAGGAGAAGAACUGGGAAACUAGGGAACAUAGAUAUUUUAAGGAGUCUAGUGACGGCCAUUUGCAUCUCAUUGAUAUUUAUUGGCCUUGUUCUACUAAAUUUGAAGUGUUGGAGAUGGGAAGAGACUACUCUGGGUGGUUUGUCAAGUACACUGUGGAUCUUGAUCCUUUAUUCACUGCUUACCCAUGGAUUCAGGCAUUUGUUGUUCUCUUUCUUGCUAAAGGUCAAAAUGAAGAGGAAGGUUCAUCUCUGUUGCUGCAUGAUUGUGGAAAAGUCUUAUCUUACAAUCUUAAGAGUCACACCUUCAAAUCGAUUGACUUAACACCCCAGGCCGGUGUUGAUGAUACUUCUUCUCUCCGGGUUGGCCAGUCUAAUCAUCGAUACAUGGAGACCUUGGCUUGUGUGUGA